AUGUAAGCUUUAAAGACAGUUGUCAUAACAGGAGCUAACAAAGGUAUUGGCUUUGGCAUUCUUGAAAAUCUUAUUCAGAAGUAGUCAUACAAAGUUAUAAUGGCUUGCCGAUCUCUUGAAUUAGCUCAAAAGUCUAGAACCGAAUUGAUCGAAAAAUACAAUCUCUCUCAAGAUAGAAUUGACAUUAUUGAAUUGGACAUUAGUAGUAGUGAUAGUAUUGAUAAAUUCAUUCAGGAGUUCACAACUAGAUUCCAUUCAGCCGAUAUCUUGAUCAACAAUGCUGCUGUAGCUGUCAAGACAGAUGAUUUCAAUUUUGAAAUUGUGCAAUACACCUUUAAACCUAAUUUCUAUGGCACAGUGGAGUUAACUGAAAAAUUCAUUCCUUUAUUGGCUUAAAAUGGAAAGAUCAUUACAAUUGGAUCAUAAGUUGGUAACACAAAAAUUUUGGAAUCUGAUGAUCUAGUCAAAAGAUUCAAGAAUCCAAACAUUACAAGAGAAGAUGUUUUCAAACUGGCUGAUGAAUUCUAAGAACAUGUUAAGAAUAAUACUUAUAAGUAGAAUGGUUGGCCAAGUUGGGGAUAUGGAAUUAGCAAAUUACUAAUUAAUACUUAUGUCAAGACUUUAGCAUCAAAUGCUGAUGUUAAGCAUAAGCAUUUAUAAGUUUACACAUGUUGUCCUGGAUGGGUCAAAACUGAUAUGGCUGCAGAGGGAGCAUUGCUGACAAUAGUAGAAGGGGCUUUAACUCCUGUGUAUUUGGUAGAAUUACCACAUGAAGUGAAUCCUGCCUAUCAAGGAUAAUUCUUCCAUCUGUAGAAGGUUUAAGAAUUAUGAUGAUAUCUAUAUAAAGGGUUUACAAUAUGUUAUUAUAUAUUU